GCGUCUUCGCCAGGGUGGUCAAGAGUGUGGGCACAGGGGCUUCAUGGGGACCCUCCUGCCGGGUGCCCGUUGCUGAGAGCUUGGAUUCUCUAUGGCCCCGUUUCCUCCUCGUGGGAUGCUCUGAGGGCUAAUUAUGGCCACCCGUGAAAAGCACCUAGAAGAGUGGCUGGUCCCUGGCUAUCGUGUUAUCUAUUUAUGAUGAUGAGUACUGUAAUUGGUGAUCUGAAGCUUUAGUGUUGUUCUCACUCACCUGAAUCUUUAUUACUGUCCUUUUAUUUUCUGUACCUUUCCCACUUUGGGCUGGGCUUCCCUGAUGGCUUAGAUGGUAAACAACCUGCCCACAAUGCAGGAGGCCUGAAUUUGAUCCCUGGGCCAGGAAGAGCCCCUGGAGAAGGGAAUGGCAACCCACUGCAGUAUUCUUGCCAGGAGAAUUCCACGGACAGAGUCUACAGUCCAUGGAAUCACACAGUCAGAUAUGACUGUGACUAACACGUCCCACUUUGGACCAUUUCUGGCUCCGUCCUUCCUCUGUUCCUGCUUAGUGUUUGCAUAUGUAUUUCUCCUAAUUGGUCAGGGUCUCUCUGUCCAUUUACAGGUUGGUUUCUCUCUGAUGGGAUGGUGUGCUCCAGCUCACAGUAGUUAAUUUCUUUGAUCUUCCAUUCUUACCGUAUAUAUAUGUAUGUAUAGUUAGUAAGAAGUAUUUCAGAAAAGGAGCAUGCCAAAGAGCCUAGUGACAUCAGAACAAAUUGCAUUCAACUUCAGAGAUUUAAGAGGGUUUGUGUGCUGACAAGAACUCUGGUCUAGCUCCCAAAGACUUGUUCUUUCUGCCAUGGGCAAGACAAGUCACUGCAACCUCCCAGGUCUCCUCAUUUGAAAACCGUGUGUCAGAUGCCUUGGUUCUGACAUUCUUUUAAACUCUAAUGUUCUAUGACUCAACAGUAAUAAUGCAUUUCCACAGGCGGUAAAAAUAUUCUAGACUCUUCCCUUCCAAUUCUCACUGUUUACUUCCUCUGCACUUCCCCUUCCUGCCUCCCUGUUUGCCGGUCAGUCGAUAGUGGGCUUCAGUGGGGGAAGUAGCAGAGUCCCAUGGUAGCCAGGUGGGCGAAGGGGAGUGAGGACGAUCCACCUGCCUUGGAGAAGACGCCAUCUGACCCGCCGGCCGAGUGAGCCCCCAGGUGGCCUCGUGAGCCGGACCAUGGACCCGAUUCACAUCAGCAUGGCCAGCGCGCCCCUGGUGAAGCACACCGCUGGCGCUGGCCUCAAGGCCAGCAGACCCCGAGUCAUGUCCAAGAGCGGGCACAGCAACGUGAGAAUUGACAAAGUGGAUGGCAUAUACUUGCUCUACCUCCAAGACUUGUGGACCACCGUCAUCGACAUGAAGUGGAGAUACAAGCUCACCCUGUUUGCCGCCACAUUUGUGAUGACCUGGUUUCUGUUCGGAGUGAUCUACUACGCCAUUGCCUUUGUCCACGGGGACCUGGAGCCCAAUGAGCCCCCUUCCAAUCACACCCCAUGCAUCAUGAGAGUGGACUCCCUCACUGGGGCAUUCCUGUUUUCCCUGGAAUCCCAGACGACCAUCGGCUAUGGAGUCCGUUCUAUCACCGAGGAAUGCCCUCACGCCAUCUUCCUCUUGGUGGCCCAGCUGGUCAUCACCACCUUGAUUGAGAUCUUCAUCACGGGCACCUUCCUGGCCAAAAUCGCCAGACCCAAAAAGCGGGCGGAGACCAUCAAGUUCAGCCACUGCGCCGUCAUCACCAAGCAGAACGGGAAGCUGUGCUUGGUGAUCCAGGUGGCCAACAUGAGGAAGAGUCUCCUGAUCCAGUGCCAGCUCUCGGGGAAGCUCCUGCAGACCCACGUCACCAAGGAGGGCGAGCAGAUCCUCCUGAACCAGGCCACCGUCAAGUUCCACGUGGACUCCUCUUCCGAGAGCCCCUUCCUCAUCCUGCCCAUGACGUUCUACCACGUGCUGGACGAGACAAGCCCCCUGCGGGAUCUCACCCCCCAGAACCUGAAGGAGAAGGAGUUUGAGCUGGUGGUCCUCCUCAACGCCACCGUGGAGUCCACCAGCGCCGUCUGCCAGAGCCGCACGUCUUACAUCCCGGAGGAGAUCUACUGGGGCUUCGAGUUUGUGCCUGUCGUUUCUCUCUCGAAAACCGGCAAGUACGUGGCUGACUUCAGUCAGUUUGAACAGAUCCGGAAGAGCCCGGAUUGUACCUUUUACUGCGCGGAUGCUGAGAAGCAGAAACUCGAAGAGAAGUAUAGGCAGGAGGAUCAGAGGGAAAGAGAGCUGAGAACGCUUUUGCUGCAGCAGAGCAAUGUCUGACGGCAGUGGUGUUGCCUCGGCCUAUCUCCGAGCAACUUUCGCAUCUGAGCUACCUUCCAAUGCAGAGAUCACCAGGAAACUGAAAAUGUGUGGAUGUGCCCUGAAACACUAUGCAGACUUACAGACCUGUUCCUCUGACCUGAUGGCUUUAAACAAUCUUUGCCACCUCUGAGAGGGUUCCUUUCUUCAAUGCUCUGUCUGAAGCAAACUCCCCAAAUUCAAAUUUUCCAAAAGGGGGCUGUAUUUCAAAAAAGCUGGUGGAGGGCUAUGGGAACAAUGUCCUACUGAGCGGACAGACAUUUCAGGAUGCUGAUACUGAAAGGAAUGCACUUCUUAUACAAGGACGUCAGCUAUAAUAUAAGGUAUUUAUUCAGUCCAAGUAUGAAAGACAUCACAACCGAGAGCUGAAAUGUGGUUCAGUAUCCACUUACAUCGUUGCUUUAAAACACACUCAUUUUUUCAAGCAGAGAAAACAGUAUUUAUAAUGGAGGCUAUCUGGUCAUACAUAAACUGGGGCAAAGGGACUCUGUAUUCACAAAGUAUAAUAAUUCCAUUUUUACCUUUUUCAGUGCAUGUUGUUGUACAGAGUGAAAUUGACCAAAUUAGGAAUGAACUGUUGUAAAAACAUGCAAAUGGAGAUGAUGUAAUUGUUCACAUUAAAUUUUUUGUUGAAAUGUACUAGCCCCUUUCUGUUUAAACUGACGUUCACAGGUCAGUAGCACCCAUCAGCAUCAUCCAGGAGCUUUAUUAGUAACUUAGUCCCAUAUAGGCUUAAUCUGUCAUAGUCUGUAUCUUAACAGGAUCGCCAAGUGAUUCAUGCAAAAAUGAAAGUUUGCAAAGCUUCACUCCCGACAAAGUUUCCAAAGUAACUUUCUGAAUCCAGGGGACUCUGCUCAUCCCUCAUCCCCUGUUCUUUAUUGUGGACUGAUAUUCCUUUCAGGGGUUUCCUUCCUUAUCUAUUAAAAUACCUUAUCCACAGAGGAACUGCCAUGGACAUUUCAAGAGCAAAAUAACACUCUUGAUAGUAAUGGUUGUCUCUCUCAAGUCAAGUACAUGCUUGCUGAUUACAAUCAGCACAAGAGAAAAUUUCAACCGCAUAACAAUCAAAAAUUUGCUCCUACAUUGAAGUCCAGGAGAUUGGCUGGGGCCGUGAAGAACAGGAGGAGCCAAGGCGAAGGAGUUCAAAUGCAGAUGACUCCUUGAAGCAUGAACAAAGCUUGAUACCCCGAUAGCAUGUAAAGGGUGCCCUCAGUAUUGAAAUAAAUCUCAUACAACUCAGUGUUCCAGAGUAACAUUUGGAUUUUGGCAGGAUUUAGAGCAUUUCUUUGGGGGCGGAGAAUCAAUGUGCUAGGAUUGGCUAAAUGUGCAAAAGGUGAACUCUCAUAUCAUUCAGAUCAGGACAGAUUUGAACAUUCAUUGUUCAAAUGAAGAAUGGAUGUGCACGUGACCCCAUGUGUAUGCAUAUGCUGACCUGCACACACACAGACCUGAACACACACACACACACACAGAGGCAUGCUCCUCCUGGCUCUUCCGUCAUGGUUGUGGAAAUUAUCCGCAAAGACAUUUGUGAUGAAGACAGCAAGUCUUCGACAAAUGUGCUCGUGUUUAUUUUGUUCUUUAAGAAUGGGAGCACUGGGACUCAGAGCAAACAAGGCCUGUGAUCUGGAUUCAGGCUAUCUGUGAAAUGGUGUCAUAUCAUGAUGUUACCAUAAUCCCAAGUCUCCUGCCAUUAAACAGAAAAUGUGCCUGAAACCUCUGACCCAGAACUGAACAUUUAACACAGGUAUAAAAACAAUGGAGUUGAAGUUGUGAAAGUUUAAGAAACAAUCCUAGUGCACAAGAAAUUAUUGUCUUCAGUUAUUCAGGAAGUUUUUUUGUUUGUUUCUGUUGAUCAUUUUAUGGCAGUUUGUUUUAGAUCUUCAUUCUCUUUAAAAAGUCACAUUAGUGUAGUUAGAUAUUAGCCCUUUCAAUUAUUAAACUUUUUAAUUGCAUAAUGUAGUGAAAUCAUAGGAAGAUAAUGCCUCAGCAUGUUUACAAUUUUUCGCUUGUACCAUAAAGUUUAUUCACAGAUUUAUAUCAGUGCUAAUUUAAGUGUGAUCAAGAUUGGGAAUCUUACAUACUUAUAUUGUAUAUGGUACAAUGAUAUAGCAUAAGAUUGAAAAGUCUUUCUUUGUGUUCAUUUUGCAUAUCUAUUUUGGCCAAAUUUGGAAGACUUGAUCAUCUGAUCUAUUGCAAUACACACAAAAUAAAUGUGUAGUUUCUCAGAACCCAAUAUUUGUACCAGUCAAUAAAUCAUGUUAUAACAAACUAUUCAAUAAAUAGCACUAAAGUUGUGUCUGA